CAGAAAUUCACCAGUCUGAUUUCCCCAAAUGUACUAUGUACUACAUUUCGCGAUGUGGCUGCUUACAUAACGGUGUGGAUGGGGGGUUGGAGGUCAUGAAGGUAAUCAGUACCUGUGGGUUUGAAUUCGGGAGUCGUUACCGCAGAAGGAGCUCUCUCUUCCUAUCAAUAAUUAAUCCAUUUGUGAAGCAGCGGGAAAGGGGGAGAGAGCGCGCGGAUCCCGAGAUCCUCGUUUUGAAGAGCAAUCACCGGCGAAUCAUGUCACAAACUGACAGCUCUCCGAGCAGGGCUGACGAGGAGGACAAAGGAGGAUGAAGGAGGGAAAAGGAACGGGAGAGGCAGAGGAGGAAUAUAAUGAAGUUGAGCGGGAAAGGACUGUGUGCCAUUGUUUCCAGCAGCCUGCUCUUCGUCUGUGCCGUAAGCACCGUCGCUGUCGGAUUCAAAUGCAUCUCACUGGGCACCGAAGUGAAAGUGCAUUUUCACCUGGGGACGGCGGCCGGGGCUUUUUAUUCGGGGAUACUGAUCGGACUCGGGCAGGUCCUGCUCGGGCUCUCCCUGCUUUGCUGCGAGGGAAAGCCCGGGAGGCGGAAUUUCUUCCUGCUGGGAAUUUUGGUGUUCAUGCUGGGAGUUCUCACCGCUUUCUCGGGUGCAGUGGUGGAUGGCGACACGGUGUCGUUAGUGGAGCGGAAGUAUUCCCACUACUGCCUGGACUCUGUGGAAUUAGACCCGAUCUGCGAGCGUUUGAAGAAUUACCAGCGGAGUCUGGUCAUCUCCACGAUCCUAAACACCUUGGAAUGUCUGCUUGGGCUUAUAAACUUGGUGAUCAUCAAGAGAUAUAAAACAGCGCAGUUCUACAGAAGGAGACUUUCUCAGAGGCAAAGCGUGGGAGCUAUCCUUUUCAACGAGGAGCAAGACUUUACCGCUUCGGAAUUCCAGCCGGUUUCUUACAUUAACUUGGGGGUAUUUCAUGUGUUUGACGAGGCAGGCGGGGAAGUACAAUCUGGAGGCCACCCCUCGAUCGAACUCCCGGGCUAUUCGCCCACGGAUCCCGAACUAAACCAUUCCUACCCCUUUUCGUACCCUCUUCCAAACGAGCUGCCGCCCGCGUAUGAGGACAUUUUCCCCGGGGAAGCAAGCAACAAAUAGGUUCUCCGCCACAAAAAAGUUGUGACCCGGGUUCUGAAAUCUGCAGUGACAAUCACGGGCUCUGCUCUGAUACUCAUGUUUAGCGUUCAAUCAUGUUGGGACUAACGUUUUAUAGUUCUCACCCAUCUCCCAAGAACGGCCGUUUUCUCACAGCCCAAAGAAACAGAAGGUACACACAUUUGUUUAUCUUUGAGGGUAUAGCUUCAGUUUUCUGCUCUCGACAACAUGCUUAACGAACAGUAUGUGACCACUGAACGCAUCGUAUGUCGAUGAACGAAAAAACUAGAGUAAAUAUGGAAGACUGGAUUAUGUUGCGUUAAAAGUGGUGACGUUAUUCACGCCACAUGCCCAUGUACAUUUGUUGUUAUCGUGUAAUUGAUUCUUUGCAUAUUCCCUACGUAGAACACAUUGAUAAAAGUGUAUUACUCCGACACUGAUAAAAAAUAGAACUUUAACUGUACAUUAAAUGAGGAGAGAAUAGUCAUUAUUCUCUAUAAUUACUCAAAUUGACAUUAAGGGAAACGGCUAACCUUUAUGGUUAAAUUGGGAAUGCAUAAUAUUCACGGUUAUGCUAAUAAAGUGUAUAAAAUAAUAACAAAUUCCAAAGACAUAUGAGGUAUCCUCAUGAUUUAAAUAGCCAGCUUAAAGUUGCUAGGCUGCAGGUACUUGUAAUUAUAUAUCCCUUAUUCAACAUUACGCAAAGCACAAAAUAACACAAAAAACUAGAAAUGAAAAAAAAAAAAAACCCUCCAUUUAUUGGAACAUAUACACAU